AAAAAUAAAAUAGAAGCAACGACUCUCUUUCUCUCUCUUUUCUUUCAUGUUUCUCAAAACUUCAUAUAAAACCUUCCAUUCUCUUCGAUCCAUUUCAACCCUCAAUUUCUCAACACUCCAAUAUCUAUAUCCAUUAUUUCACCCAACAAACUUUUUUGUUAAAUUUUAAAAUAAAUAUUUGAGAGGUUUGUCUCUAGGCUUAAAUUCAUAAGAUGUCACAAACACUAGAGAUAACAAUACUAUCUGCAGAAAAUCUACACGAGAACAGAAAGGCCAUAAAAGGAAACACAUUCGUCACGGUUCAAUGCGACGGAAGCAACGACGAAGCGAGUACCACCAAGCUUGAUUCGGAAGGCGGGAGUUACCCUAGAUGGAAUGAGAAGUUAGUGAUGAAUGUGCCAAUGCAUGCAAGGUUCGUAACCAUAGAUGUGAGAUACAAAACAAGAGGAACUAGUAGUAGUAGUGUUGGAAUGGCUAGAAUACCUAUUUCUGAUUUCAUUGGAGGUUAUGUGCAUGAAAACCAAUUGCAGUUUUUGAGUUAUAGGUUGUGGGAUAAUAGAGUUAGGAGAAAUGGAGUUGUAAAUAUUUCUGUGAAGGUAAAAAUGUCCCAACCAAAUUCUUGUUCUAAUUCGAUGUCAUCUGCCGUGAACGGAGUUCCGGUAACUGGUGUUCCGGUGGCCGGUAAUGGCUCUAACAGAGUUGUAACGGGGAUUCCAGCUGUUUGGUUAAACUACCAAAGUAGCCUUUGAAGAUUACUCUGUCAUCACUGUGUAUUCAAAAAGAAAGUAUACAUUUUCAUUGAUAAUACACGUGGGAAUUACUAUA